GAUCACGAGUUUGUUUCUCUACGCUUUUAACCUCUUCAGCUCGUGGUCGUGGUCUCUCUUUUUCCACCGAGAACAAAACACAACCCAACUUUGAACUUUAACAAUCUUUCUGGGUGUUUUCCCAGUACAAUUGGUCCUGCAUUGUACUCAAAAGUUACUUAAAAAGCCUGCGUAGAUGGUUGUCAAACCUUUUACUGUGGACUUGGAUAAGCCUCUCGUCUUCCAGGUUGGUCAUCUUGGCAAAGGUUACAAUGAAUGGGUUCACCAACCUAUCGUCAGCAAGGAAGGCCCCAGAUUCUUUGCAAAUGACUAUUUGGAGCUCUUGACCCGCACAGCAUGGUGGGUGAUUCCACUAGUUUGGCUGCCUGUAGCAUCCUGGUUAGUCUCUGUGUCUCUCCGAAUGGGGCUCACUUUACCUCAGGCAGCUUUAGCAGUGGUUGGUGGAAUCUUUAUUUGGACAUUGAUGGAGGGAAACACCAUUCAUUAUCUUUUUCAUGGUUGCCAUCACAAGCACCCUACGGAUGGGAUGCGCCUUGUUUUCCCCCCUGCAGCGGCAGCUAUUCUGUGUGUGCCGUUUUGGAAUAUGUUUAGGCUUUUAUCACCUACAUCAGUUGCUCCGGCUUUGUUUGGAGGAACCUUAUUUGGAUAUGUAGCAUAUGAUGUUACUCAUUACUACCUGCACCAUGGGAAGCCAUCUAAUAGAUUGACUCAAGAUAUGAAGAAAUAUCACUUGAACCAUCACUUCAGAAUUCAGAGUAAGGGAUUCGGGAUCACUUCCUCCUUAUGGGACAAUGUUUUCGGAACAGUGCCUUCAACAAAAGCAGCAGAGAAAAUGAGUAACCAGUAGCACUGGCUGGUUAACAUGGAUCUUCUUGCUACUGUUGUAGUAACUAUAUUUGGGGCUAUGGAACAUGACCGGCAAGACUGACAAACUCUCCAUCAAUACAUGAAGGACUUCUGGCUGCUUUGCAUAUGUAAAACUAUUGAUGGGGUUUGGUUUCUUUGGCUCCAUAUGACCCCCAGAAACUGACACUGAUAUUCUUGUUCAUGUAUCAUGUGUGUUUGUUACUACAAUAGUCGAUUGCAGAUGUAUGUUCAUGCUCUAUGCUGUUGAUUAUUCUUCUGCUUGUAUUUUCAUAUGGAUAGAAUUAAUUCGAGUAGUGUAGAGGCAUAUCAUUUACUGAUGUAAACUUGGAUUUGGGAGACAAUCCUUUAACUAGCCAAGAGUCUCUGCCCAUCUCCACCGUGCCCCUCCGUCGGGGAGAAGAUGGAGGAGGGAGGCAAGUUGAAGGUUGUGGUACCAGACUACCAGAUAUGUAAUCUUGCCCGCAGUCACCAAAUUAAGGCAUAUUUAUUAUUUAGGCGGUUUCGAUGGAGACUAGUAUACAGAAUACAAAGCCGUGCGUUACAAGUUAGCCGGAUUGUGUAAUUAUCUCUACUCAUUAUUAGAAGUUGGAUUUAAUUAGUUAAAUACCGUGACUAAUGUAUGGUAGCAAAGCCAUGAUAUUGAUUUAUCC